GACAAACAAAAAGGAGGCAUUGAGGAGACAUCAGGUCCUGCAAAACAGAAACGUAACAACGGACGAAGCUCAGGGACAGGUUCUGCAUCAGAUGGUGGAAAUUCUUGUGUUGGUGCUACUAGUUCACACGCAGCAUCAACACAUCAAGCAGCAGUACACAAAGCAGCAGGUCGAGCACAAGCAGCAUCACAGUCUAUCCAA